AUGAGUGACAUGGAGAUUUGCUCUGAAACGGAGAGAAGCAUCGACAACAAGGAGACGGAGGAGGCCUUUUUGGAGUUGGCACAGGACAUCUUCAAUCCCACUCAGAAGGCCAAAGUGGUGGUGUGCUUUUGUCAAGGCGAAACGGUGGCCGGUUUGCUGCGAGCAAUGGACACGUUGCAUCUCCAGGGCAAGGGUUACAUGCUUAUUGGGGCCGAUGGGUGGUCAGAUCGGCAAGAUAUUCUCGGACCUCUGAUCAAUCCCAAGACUGGCGAACGAGCUUUCAGUCGGUUGGCUCAGGGCAGCUUAUCCAUCAAACUCCACUCUCCCGAAGUUAAGGAUUUCGAUGAAUACUUCACCAGCCUGACGCCACAAUCGCAUCAUAACGUGAAUCCCUGGUUCACAGAGUUCUGGGAGCAGAAAUUCGAUUGCUCAAUCAUACCUUCAUCGGAUAGCAAACGCAAGCCCUGCACCGGUAAUGAAAGUUUAAAGAAUUUGCCUUUUCACCAGGAUAACAAGCUGUCUCGUCUAAAUCUGGCUAUUUACGUGGUUGCUCUUGCCCUGCAUCGAGUUCAGGAGAUUGUAUGCGGUGUUGGACGUCCGGGUCUUUGUCCCGGCUUGUUACCUAUAAAUGGUAGCCUUUUGCGACAAGAAUUACUGAAGUCCAACUUUACUGACAGCAACGGUGAUACCAUCUAUUUUGAUGAAAAUGGUGACCCGCCUGCAAGCUACGACUUAAUGAAUUAUCAGCAUUACUUUAAUGAGCGCGGUGAAGAGGUGUUUGACUACGUUCAAGUUGGCCGAUGGCAACACGGACAUCUGGUAAUGCUUCAAGACGAAUUCAUUCAGUGGCAGAGUGAUUUAGCAAAUGCAACAGCUUCUGGUCCAAUUCAGUCAUUUUGUAGUGACCCCUGUGGUGCAUGGGAGGCCAAGGUAGACACAUUUUGGCGUACAGCCUUUUUUACCAAAGAUAAUCUUGCGCACUUAAUAUUUGCCCUUUAA